AAUGGGUGUCCGUGGGAUAAAGCCACAACUAGAGUAGCUGCAUCAGGAGGCUAUUUAGACUGCUUGAUUUAUGCUCAUGAAAAUGGAUGUAACUGGGAUAAAGAUAUCACAGCAGCAGCAGCUAUGUUUGGUAAUUUGGAUUGUUUAAAAUAUGCCCGUAAACGUGGAUGUAUUUGGGUAAAAGGUACAAUGAGAGUGGUUGCAUCGAAUGGACAUUUAGACUGCAUUAAAUAUGCCCAUGAAAAUGGUUGUGACUGGGACGAAGGCACAACAAGGGAAGCUGCUGCUAGUGGUUAUAUUGACAUUUUGGUAUAUGCACAUAGAAAUGGAUGUAAUUGGGACGAAGGGACAAUUAGUGGAGCUGCUGCAAAUGGUCAUUUAGACUGUCUAAAAUAUAGUCAUUUAAAUGGGUGUGUGUGGGACGAAGGGACAACAAGACUUGCUGCUGCAAAUGGCCAAUUUGAUUGCAUAAAAUUUGCCCAUGAAAAUUAUUGUCCGUGGAGUAGAGGUACCAUUUAUGAAGCUACUCAAAAUGAUUAUCAAAAUAUAAUUGAUUAUGUCACUGAAAAUGGCUGCCUUAAUUAAUUUUCUGUUGAAAUAUAAUUUUUAUUUAUUUAUGUUGGCUAUUAUUACAUUAUUUUUCAAAUAAAUUAACUUGAAUUUUUAUUUAUAUCUGAGAGGGUAAUGAUUUUCAUAAAAGCAUUUUUGACAGUUUACUUUCUUAAGAAAUAAUAUUUUUGGAUGUAUUACCAAAAAUAAUAUGUUGUAUCAUCUGUAAUUUUAACAUAAAAUUUGUUUGAUAAAAUUUUCUCAACUGUAAGAAUAAUUUUUCCAGAAUACCAUCACCAAACUUUCAUUAAAAAAAGGAAAUUUGAA